AUGGAAUUUGGAUAUUUUUCCGAAAUAGAAGGACUAAAUUCCGUCUCUGAUGACUUCUUAUCGAACGGUUUUCAUCAAUUUUAUACCGAACUGCAAGAUGAACAACUCGAUUUCGAGCCUCUUGUGUCCUCGAUCGCUUGGAAUGACUUAACGCUGCCCGUCAUUGAAGAGCCUGACGCCAAAAAUAACGUCGAUCAAGUGAAUUUCGUGAGUUAUGUCGUGCAAGAAGAUCCUCGUGACAAUUUGCUGGACUUGGAUUACAUUUUAAUGGACUUACCUCUCGACACAAACGACAAUUUACUCGAAAAUUUACCCGAAAUGACACCUUUGUGCAACGAUUCUUGUUCCUUUUUCCUCAAAGAAAGUGCGGAAAAUCUCAAAUUACCUUCGUUCGAUGGUUCAAACUUCAAAAUUGAAGUUCUUCCAUCAGAAUUAAGUGAAAAAAGUUCAACUAACCUCAAAAAUACCCAAAUUUCUGACACGCCAAAGACCUUAAUUUGCGAUUUCGAGGGUUGCGGAAAAUCUUAUGCCAAACCAACUCACCUGAAAGCCCAUUUAAAGCGACAUUUGAACGAUAAACCGUACAUUUGUCACUGGCCAGAGUGUAAAUGGCGCUUUUCACGAUCCGAUGAACUGGCAAGACACAGAAGAAGUCAUUUGGGAAUCAAGCCGUAUAGUUGUUGCUUUUGUUCAAAGUCGUUUGCGAGAUCAGAUCAUCUCACGAAGCAUCGACGAGUGCAUGAAAAAAAGUUUAAUGCGAUGUGCAAAGGAGAAAAACAUACAAUUGUAUGGCCUGCAGUGCCCAGAGGACGUCCCGGAAGAAAACCAAAGCCGAAAAAUGGAGAAAUUAAUGAAAAUAUCAAAUAUUUUAAUACAAACGAAGUGAUCAAAGUUUAAAAAUAAUUUAAUUUUAAGGAAUUUAAUAUUAAAAAAAAACAUUAAUAAUUAAUUUUUAUUUUUUUCUUAUUUAUCUUUAUUGAGAAUGAA